CUGGUCACAUCAUAUUUUUUUUUAAAAAGAUUCUCCCCUGCCCUUCGCAUGCACAUCGGCACCGUGAAGUAUAAAAACUGCGUGAUGGAAUUUUCAAAGCAUGUAAAUGUAAUAUGUGGCAACAACGGAUCAGGUAAGAGCGUUUUGCUGACAGCAUUGGAUGGUUAUGUGAAGGGCACGGACACAAAAAAUGAUAUUAUCGGAGAUGUGUCGCUCGAUGGGGAGAUUGGAGACGCUACCAAGGUAUAUUACAUCAGGCAAAACGAAAAGAUACAGGACGAAAACGGUAUUGAAGAGAGGGUUAGGGAACAGUUCAAUUACUAUCAGAUCAACACGAUCAUUGCGGAAGUACUUUCAAACUUAAAUAUAGAGAAUGACGACUUGAUGUACAGGUUGAGAAAAGUGGGUGUCAAGGUGAAAAAUAAUCUGCAGAAGUUCCUUGCACAUAGAAAACUUAUGAAGGAACGUGACAGGAUAGAGAACUAUAUAAAAGUGAAAGAGAGUAAAGAGCUAUGUGAGAAGAUUAUGGAGGUUCAGGACAAAAUUAAUCAGGAAGAAACCGUUGCAGACAAUUUCGAGAAUGAUAUGCUGCUGAUGAAAAAGGACAGACUGGAAAAGGAGAUCGUCAAUCUGAAGAGUGAAGUAGAAAAAGAUGGUCUAAUGAACGAUUUGGAGCGAAAAAAGGUUUUGUGGAGGGAGGAAUCAAAGCUGAAGGAGAACGUUAAAAAGUACAGGAACGAAAAACGGGUGAUAGACCUGAUAGAGGUCGAUGAAAAUGCGAUAAAUGCGGUCGUUGCUGUGAUCGGAAACAGAUUGAAAUGCAAGGUAGUGGACUAUGAAGACGAAGCUCUUGAAAGGAUUAGGUCCCUGAAAUUCAGGCAAACAUUCAUAGUGAUGGAUAAGAUCGAAGAAGUGGAUAAUAGAGAAGAGGAAAGCAGGUCUAUGGUUCCAUUAAAACAUCUAAUAAAGACAAAAAAGGAGUACUCCAGGCUGAAGAAUUACCUUUUCAAGGAUGUUUAUCUAGUGAAAGAUCUUGGUGAGGCGAAUACUAGCAAUCAAAUAUUGGUUACGCUAAAAGGUGAGGUAUUACAUAAAAGCGGUGCCGUAUCCGGGGGAUAUGAUGAAAACAAGGAAUAUUACAGUCUUUUUACGGAAAAGAAUGAGUAUAGAAAAAACAUAGCAAGACUAAAAGAAAUUGAAAAAGAACUGAAGAAUAUAAAAGACAGCGAGUCGGACACUAACAGAAAGGAACUGAUAAAAAAAAUCAUAAAGGAAAAGGAGGAGGAGCUACAGAAGAUUAAGAUAAGCAGUAGUUAUAUAAAUUUAAAUCUGGAGCGGCUCAAGCUCGUAUUGAACAGGCUAAUCGAGCAAAAAGAAGUACUUGGCAUCUUCCAUGAGGAAGACAUGGUGAAUUUGCACCAAAUAAAUCUAAACGAGGAACUGGGUAAAAUAAACAAGGAGCUGAGAACGAUAAUGAUCAACAAACGAAUCGAUUACGAGGAGGUUGGUGCUAGGAUUGAUAAGUUAUUCAAGAGAAAUGAGGAAUUGGUUAAACACAGAAAACGAAUAGAAAAACUGGCAGAAAACUUGAAAAAAGAAAACGAGGACGGAAUACAUAGACAUCUAAAAAAUGUCCGUGACAAAAUUGUUUAUUACUAUGAUUUGAUAAACGGGCAAGAAGAGAAAGACAGCAGGUAUGGAAACAGUUCACCGGGAAAAGAUGACACGUACAGUCAAUUUAUCAACACUGGAGCGAGUACAUGUUUAGAGGACUACCAGAAUAACAACCAGGGUUCUGAGGACAGCUCAGCUACAAAAAAACAUGUAACAAGACCGGACAAUUUCCUGAGUACGAUUGGUUCGAUGUCAGGCGGACAGCUGCAAAUGUUAACUAUCUCACUGAUGCUUAGUCUUAACGAAGUUCUUAACUACGACAUCAUUUUUCUUGACGAGAUCGAUUCUAAUUUGGAUGACAAUAAAAUCAGGAACCUGGAAAGAAUAUUUGCGGGGCUGAAGACGCAAAUUGUUAUCAUUACGCACAGGAAAAACGGUUUGCUAGGAAACAAGUACUUUUGGAUUGAAAAAGAUUCUGUAUCAGAAAUAAGUAAGGUGGACAUGGAGACAAGAAUUGGCUGAGAAGUAAUACCUGGUAAAGAUGUUGUCGUUCUUGUCGAUUAUUUUACGUGCUAGGCUGGCUUUCGCUUGGUCAUAUUUACCUGCAACGCAGCUAUAUUACAUAGGAACUACAUUGGAUAACGGCAGCGAUCAAGCUCUGGUCAAUGAAUAUGCACCGCAGUUACAUGCCGUCAACAAAUGCAUCGUAAUCAUAAACACUGAACAUGAAUAAUCGGCAGCCCGUUUGAAAACCGCACAUGUUGUGAAAGUUAAAUUUAUUUGUGUCUCUCAAUCACCUGAGUAGUUUCUUCUAUCAGCGAUAGCUUUUUAAAUAAAUCAUACGUAGAUUUUUUGAGUGAGGUGAAACUUGAGCACGAUAUAUUCACAACCACAGCACCGUCCUCUGCGUUAUAGGUCGUCUGCGAAUCAUCUCUAUGGUCUCUAUCUACUUCCAAAAUCCUUUUGAUGUUAUGCGGGUCCUUGUGCCGGAUCCUGAAUGUCGAUGAAAAAUCCAUUUUUGCAGGGGCGUGAUGGUAAAAAAAUAGAAAUGUGAUGUGCGGACAGUCAACAUGACACGAGAUGUAUUUUCAUCAAGCCUUGAUGCUAUGCAAUGAACAGAGCUCUGCAUACUUCAUUUUAGACUGUAUCAGGUGAUAAAAUUUUGUACACAGCACCAAAAAUGCAUCUGUCGUUAUAAAACUUGUUCUAAAAUUACUUCAACAUACGUUUUACUUUCAAAACUCAUCUGAUUU